AUGGGUGUUUGCUGCACACACUCACAUGAAAAAUUCGAAAAUUUUAUCCCUCCUGAACUUAUUAAAGAAGAUAAUAAAGAAUAUGAUCUAUUUGCUCUUAAAAUUUAAAAGCAUUACAAAGGAUAUAAAGCUAGAAAAUUAUAUCAUAAAAUGAAGAUUAAAACAGAAGAAUCUCCAGUUGUUCAUCAUCCAAAACCAGAAAUUGCUUAAAAACUAAGUUAAACACCUACAGAUUAUGCUUUAACUGUUUAAAAAGCCUUAUAUAAACUUGGUCCAUUUCGUUAUAAUGAUUUCAUUAAUUCAGAUGAUCCAAAUAAAAGAUCUACUAAUUUUCAAUUUACAGAUGAAGAUAAAAAACUACCAUUCUUAGAACCACAUAGAUUAAUUGAUGGAGCUAUCUAUAUAGGUUAAUGGAAAAAUGGUAUGAAAUGGGGUAAAGGCAAGUAAAUUUGGCCAGAUGGUUCAGUUUAUGAGGGAUUCUGGUAAUAAAAUAAAGCAUGUGGUAUAGGUAGAUUAAUACAUUAAAAUGGAGAUGUUUAUAUAGGAGAUUGGUUAGAUGAUAAAUGUCAUGGUUUUGGAGUGUAUACACAUAAUGAUGGCACAAUAUAUAAAGGGAAUUGGAUAGAAGAUAAAUAAGAGGGAGAUGGAAGUGAGGAAUAUCCAGAUGGUACAAUAUAUAAAGGUUAAUUUCUUAAUUCGAUGAAACAUGGAGAAGGAGAAUGUUUUUAUUCAAAUAAAAAUUAGUAUUUUAUUUUAUUAUUAUUUAGUUAUAAAGGGGAAUUUUAGUAUAAUUUUUUACAUGGUUAAGGGAAGUUUGUAUGGAGUGAUGGAAAAGAAUAUGAAGGAGCUUGGGAAAAUAAUUAAAUGCAUGGGUAUGGAGAAUUUAAAUGGCCAGAUGGUAGAUCAUAUAAAGGAUAAUAUAAAAAUGAUUUAAAGGAUGGUGAGGGAGAGUUUAUUAUUGAUGAAAAUACUAGAUAUAAGGGAAGUUGGAAGAAUGGAAAAUAACAUGGGGAUGGAGUUCUUGUAGUUAAUGAUAUUAUAAGACCAGGAGUUUGGUGUGAAGGGAUUAGAAUCUAAUGGAAAGAUAAAUUCUGA